AUGCUUUGGAGCCAAACAACAUUAAUUACUGUAAUUUUUUUAUAACAACAACAAAAUAAUAAUCCAUCUAUAUGAACAUUAAUAGUUGAAUAAGUAGGUAAAAUCAGCCGUGCAGGGCAGAGAAUCGCACAGUUCCUCUGUCAUCAUGAGCAGCCAGAGUGAGGGCUGGCUAAAGUUAGCAUUAGCGUUAGCCACAUCAUGUUUGUACUGCAGCCACAGCCGGACAUGAUAACGCUUUAUGAUUAUUAUCACGAGUGUGCUUCAGGCUGUUUUCAACCAGUGUAAACACGGACACUGGACUUUCCUGUCCCGGGACAUAAACUCGAUAAAGGGAUAAAAACGACAGCCGGACUCCAGGCCGCAGAUGGAGCCGGGGACCUCGCGUGAAACUCCGACCGCCGCGGGGGUCCCCAACCCGGCCUGUCUGCGGGAGGAGACCCCGGGGGAAGAAGCGAAGGGCGGAGCGGGGAGCACCGGGAUGCUGAAGCGGAGAGGAGUGAAAGGAGACACCGAGGAGGAGGGAGAUGAAGAUGCGUGGAGCCGGAAUAAAACUGGAGGGGAGGAAGAGGAUGCUGCAAAAUAUGAGGAGGAGCUGGACCCCAGAAUACAGGAGGAGCUGGAGCACCUGAACCAGGCCAGCGAUGAGAUCAACAAGCUGGAGCUGCAGCUGGAUGAAGCCCGGUCCAGCUACAGGAGGAUUCUGACUGACUCUGCCAGAAAGCUGAAUGGUCAGGGCUCGCAGCUCGGCGCCUGCAUCGAGAAAGCGAGGCCGUACUACGAAGCCCGCAGACUGGCCAAAGAAGCGCAGCAGGAGACGCAGAAGGCGGCUCUGAGGUAUGAGCGAGCGGUGUCCAUGCACACUGCAGCCAGAGAGAUGGUGUAUGUAGCAGAGCAGGGUCUGUUAGCAGACAGGAACACCAUGGACCCGACAUGGCAGGAGAUGCUCAACCACGCCACCGCCAAGGUGAACGAGGCGGAGGAGGAGCGUCUCCGCAGCGAACGGGAGCACCAGCGGGUCACUCAGCUCUGUCAGGACGCCGAGGCUCGAGUCCAGACUCUGCAGAAAACCCUGAAGAAGGUCAUCCUCAAAUCCAAACCCUACUUCGAACUCAAGGCUCAGUUUAACCACAUCCUGGAGGAACACAAGGCCAAAGUGGUGCAGCUGGAGGAGCAGGUGUCGAAGGUGAAGACGCGUUACUCUGUGGCUCUGAGGAACCUGGAGCAGAUCAGUGAGCAGAUCCACGCUCAGAGGGGGCGGGUCAUGGCCAGCAGGGGGCGCCCUGCCAUCUGCGGGGGGCGGAGCUCCCCUGUCGGAGCCGAGGCUGAGGUCAGAGCGGCGAGCGCUGUGCAGGUCGGCAGCUGCGUGGGUGGGGUCGGAGGGAUAGAGAGCGACUGGGCGGACGGAGAGAAAACUCGGCUGUGGGUGGAGCGUCACAGGGAGAGCGGGUGGGGCCAGCGGGAGCGUCAGGAGGUGGAGCAUGCAGGGUCGGACUGCAUGUCGGUCAUCAGCCUGCAGACCAUCGCCUCCGACCUGGAGAAGUGUGACUCUGUGGAGCACCUCGGGGAGCUGAGCGACGGAGGGAGCGCGCUUGGGGAGGAGCGCGAGAGGAAGCCUGGUGAGAGACCGCUAAGCAUUGUGGUGGUGAGGGAGGAGCGUCAGAGGGAGGACACGCCCCCACAGCAGAACAAGAAGAAUGAGGAGUUACAGGAGGGAGGCGUCGGCAAGGAGAGGCAGGAGAGCUUCACCAAGCAGCACCACAGGAGAGUGAGUCUAUGAGAGGAGGAGGAGGAGGACAGUGAUGGACACAGCUGCUCCGACUGCAGUGAGGAGCGUCUGUAGGUACAUCAAACACACACUGAUGAAGUCCUAUGUGACGGACAUAAACAGAGAGGAAACCUGCAUACACACACACACACACACACACACACACCUUCUGCACAGUCUGCUGCUCAACACACUGAAACAAAGUGCAUGAACCAAACCAGCUGGUUAGAAACAUUACAAACACGUGCAGAUGUUUAAUUCUUGUGUGUAGUUUUUCAAACCUCCUCCUGUCUGUCGCGUCCACACGGCAGCUUGUCGACUCUAGAAAACAUCAAAGUGGAGGUAAUCUUCGUCUGCAGCACUUUGCUUUUGAACACAGCUUCAGAACUUUGUCAGAAUCUGGUCGCCUCCACCUGAAGUGUCGUUUCAUUUCACAUGCUUUACGCACAUUCGUGAAAAAAAGAAAAAAGAAGAAGAACGAUACGAUGCACAUAUGUACAGAGACAUAAAACGCUUGGAUUGUAUUAACAUGAAUUUUGAGCUUAUUUUUAAAACCCGGAGUGAUGAUAAAACUUUAUUCCCAAGAGAGGAAAGCAGAGGUCAGGUCAGAUAACUUAACGUGACGACGUCUUCCUCGGUCCAUGCUUCACCUGCACACUAGGUUUUUGUUCUAGUAGUUUUUCUCUUCUCCUCAUGACAAGAAGACAAACGGCAUUGAAAGUAUUCUUUAAAUAGUUUUAAGUAUUCUUUAAUGUGGGCAGGAAAUACUGAGUUUGUUACAUCCUUCGAUCCUUUUCCAUGUGUUUUAAAAUGAUACAAUCUCCAGACCGAUUAAUCGGCCAGCUGAUAAUAUCGGCCGAUAUUAGCUUAUCUAUUGACUAUCAGUGUCGGCUAAUUUUAUCACAGAUGUACGCCGAUAUUACUCGAUUUAUUCACCAGUCAAACAGCAUUUAAUUUGAGUUUCAUUGUAUUACGCAAGCAGUUCUCUUUCACCAGCAGAGGGCGCUACAUGGAUUAGAACAGGCAUCAUCACGCUCCAGAGUGUUGAGAGGUGAUGCAUGAACAUGGGCAGUUACUUUCCAGUUGAGUGACCUUCUUGUCUUUGUUAUAUAUCCUUUCCACAAGCGUUCAAUCGCUUAUUAGCGAUCAACACAGUAAAUGUGUAUAUCUCUCUAUCUAUCUCUACAGACUUCAUAGACGUAAGAAAGAUAUCGGCCGAUGUAUCUGUAUCAGAUUUUCUUCCCAAUAUUGAUAUCUGUAUCAGCCCUAAUUAGUAUGACCCUUAUACUGAUGAAAUGAGCAAAAGCAUAUUAGAUCAUAAUUCAUGGUCAACAACGUCUUAACUUUCAAUAAGCUGUAAUAAGGAGGGCAAACUCUAAGUUAAUGACCUGUUAGCUAAGAUGACUAAUACUUGCAAAUAAUAAGCAACAAGUUAAAGGCAGGGUUGGUGAUUUUCUAAAACUAGCAUGAUUUUGAAAGUAGCAUUCCCUCUGUGCUCCGUC